ACAUGUAACUCCUUGCGAAGAUGGCGGCCGCCGGAGGAGAGCCUUCUACUCAGAGUGUGUCGGAUGAAUUAUUUCAAAACUUCUACACAGAGGUGAAGCAGAUCGAGAAGAGAGACUCCGUUUUAACCUCCAAGCAGCAGAUUGACAGACUGCUCAGACCUGGAUCAUCAUACUUUAAUCUCAACCCCUUUGAGGUAUUGCAAAUUGAUCCGGAAGCAACAGACGAGGAACUGAAGAAAAGAUUUCGAGCGCUGUCCAUUUUAGUCCAUCCAGACAAAAAUCAAGGUGAUCCUGACAGAGCACAGAAAGCCUUUGAAGUUGUAGACAAAGCGUACAAACUUCUGCUGGAGCCAGAGCAGAAGAAGAGAGCUGUAGAUGUGGUCCAAGCAGGAAAGGAAUAUGUGGAGCAUAUGGUAAAGCAGAAAAAGAAACAGCUGAAGAAGGAUGGCAAAUCACAGGAUGUGGAGGAGGACGAUCCAGAAGUAUUUAAACAAGCUGUGUAUAAACAGACCAUGAAGCUGUUUGCAGAGCUUGAAAUCAAGAGGAAGGAAAGGGAAGCAAAGGAUAUGCAUGAAAGGAAAAGGGCUAGAGAAGAGGAAAUCGAGGCUGCAGAAAAAGCAAAGAGGGAUCGAGAAUGGCAGAAAAACUUUGAGGAAUCAAGAGAUGGGCGGGUGGACAGUUGGAGGACCUUCCAGUCCAAAGGCAAGACCAAGGAGAAAAAGAGCAGGUCCUUCCUUAAGCCCCCCAAAGUAAAGAUGGAACAGAGGGAAUGAUGCUGCAAAACUGUCUAUAUAAAUAAAAAUCCAUUUUCCGUGUAUCCUCACCUUGUUUGUAGUCGCGCGUAAUUGUCAGUCACCAGGUUACUUUCCCUGAAAAACAUAGUUUUGUACUUCAUUUUCUAAUGUACAUAUUUGUGGUUUGGAGCCAGCGGUGUUACUUUUGUUUGCGUCAGGAAAAAGGUGAUGAAUCUUCCACUGUUGUAACUUAAGAAUUGUGUGGUUUGACUUUUUGUAAAAAAAAAAAAAAA